GCUCGAGGCCGUGGGGAAGCAGGUUCGCGACCUGGAACAUAGGCAGGCCCAGCUGAGAGAGCGGAGAGCCGCGCUGGAAUCAUCCCGGGCUGACGCUCACAAGUCCGGGGCCCGGUGCACCCAGGACGCGAUCUUCCCAGAUGUCCUUCACUGCGACGCCGGGACACCACGGACCCUGGGUGCAUCCACAGCGGAGGACGCGAGCUGGGUCCCGGGCGACGACUUCUCCCCCUCCUGCCUUCGAGAUCUCCAUCCAGAACCGCUUCGCUCCCCUCCGCGAGACAGGACGCGACGCUGUGAUCAUCGGAGACUCCAUCGUCCGACACGUAAGUGCUACGUUAGCCGAAGGUAAAGUGCACACUCAUUGUUUGCCUGGUGCUCGUGUUCUCGAUGUUUCUGCGCAGAUACCCGCGAUCCUGAAGGACGGCGAGAGCCCCAGAGCGGUCGUGCUUCACGCCGGGGUUAACGACACCACGCUGCGGCAGACGGAGACGCUGAAGAGGGACUUCAGGAGCCUGAUCGAGACGGUUCGCAGCACGACGCCCGCGGCAACGAUCGUCGUGUCAGGACCACUGCCCACGUAUCGCCGAGGACACGAAAGGUUCAGUAGACUUUUUGCUUUAAAUGAAUGGUUGUUGUCAUGGUGUAAAGAACAGAAACUGCUAUUUGUUAAUAACUGGAAUCUUUUCUGGGAGCGUCCUAGACUGUUUCGCGCUGAUGGAUUACACCCCAGCAGAAUUGGAGCGGAGCUUCUCUCUGACAACAUCUCCAGGACACUUCGCUCCAUGUGACUAGUAAGACAAUUCUCAAAUAACCAUUAUGAUGAGUUUUGUUCUAACCGCUUAAAUGCUAAAGGUACUUGCGCUGUAAAACCUAUUAAGACUGUGUCUGUUCCCCGAAUAGUGAGGUCAAAAUAUAAAUAUAAUGUAGGAUCUAGAAAAAAUCUUAUCGUAAUUAAACCAGAAAAAUGUAAAGUAAAUGAACAAAAACAAUUUUUAAAGUUUGGGCUCAUAAAUAUUAGAUCACUCGCACCAAAAGCAGUUAUUGUAAAUGAAAUGAUCACUGAUAAUAGUUUUGAUUUACUCUGCUUGACUGAAACCUGGCUAAAACCAAAUGAUUAUUUUGGUCUAAAUGAGUCUACUCCACCAAACUACUGUUAUAAGCAUGAGCCCCGUCAGACUGGUCGUGGCGGGGGUGUUGCAACAAUAUAUAGUGAUAUUCUCAAUGUUACCCAGAAAACAGGAUACAGGUUUAACUCUUUUGAAAUGCUUCUGCUAAAUGUUACUCUGUCAGACAUGCAAAAGAAAUCUAAUGUAUCUCUUGCUCUGGCUACUGUGUAUAGACCACCAGGGCCGUAUACAGAAUUCCUAAAAGAAUUUGCAGAUUUCCUCUCAGACCUUCUAGUUACAGUUGAUUAGGCGCUAAUCAUGGGAGAUUUUAAUAUUCACGUUGAUAAUGCAAAUGAUACAUUAGGACUUGCGUUUACUGACCUAAUAAACUCCUUUGGAGUCAAGCAAAAUGUCACCGGGCCCACUCAUCGUUUUAAUCAUACACUAGAUUUAAUUAUAUCGCAUGGAAUCGAUCUUACUGCUAUAGAUAUUGUACCUCAAAGUGAUGAUAUUACAGACCAUUUCCUUGUAUCAUGCAUGCUGCGUAUAACUGAUAUUAACUAUAUGUCGCAGCGUUACCGUCUGGGCAGAACUAUUGUUCCAGCCACCAAAGAAAGAUUCGCAAAUAACCUGCCUGAUCUAUCUCAACUGCUAAUUGUACCCAAAAAUACACACGAAUUAGACGAAAUUACUGACAACAUGGGCACUAUUUUCUCUAAUACAUUAGAAGCUGUUGCCCCAAUCAAAUUGAAAAAAGUUAGAGAAAAACUUACUGUACCAUGGUAUAACAGUAAUACUCACUCUCUCAAGAAAUUAACUCGUAGUCUUGAACGCAAAUGGAGAAAAACUAACUUAGAAGUUUUUAGAAUUGCAUGGAAAAACAGUAUGUCCAGCUAUAGACAGGCUCUAAAAA